AUGGCUUUAUUUAAGAGUAAACCAGUGAGGACUAUUCACACUUUGCUUGCCCUAGUGCUGAAUGCACAGUGCGCUUUUGCUUUCUCCGUCGCCGGACACGAGACAACUUGCGAGGCAAAUGGCAGCGUCUACUAUGUGGGAGAAUGGUACUUCUUAGAUUCCGACCAUUGUACACAAUGCGAGUGCACUGCUGAGGGUUCGGCUUGCGCGAGAACGGAAUGCACGUCCUUGCCCGCUGCCUGCAUUCAUGUCAGCCAUUACCCAACUGACUGCUGUCCACGAUGUGAGAAGAUAGGUUGCGAGUACCGUGGUGAGGUGUACGAACUGGGAGAGCAUUUCCAGCCCUCGGAGUGUGAGCAGUGCACCUGUGACAUUGACGGCAUUGCGCGCUGCCUGGUUGCUGACUGCGCCCCUCCUCCCUGUGUUAAUCCUGUCUAUCAGAAAGGGAAGUGCUGUCCAGAGUGUAAAGAUGGUCCAAACUGUUAUGUGGAUGCUUCUAGAACCAAGGUGAUUCCAGGAGGAGCACCAGUAUGGGUGGACUCCUGCACCAAGUGUCGCUGUCAUGAUGGACAGGAUGCCGGUUACUGGGAAGGAAACCGACUUGCUACCUGUUCCCGCGUGCGUAACUGUCAGCCCGACGACAACAGGAAAAACUGA